UUCAAAUCAUAAGGUCAUCUAAAUCUCCACAACCUAAGCUAUCGAAUUAACUAACAGAUUGGCAGCGAAUGAUGGAGUUUGUAGAGUUUCUGCAGGAGGUUCGAGACCGGUAAUCCCCUAGUACCCCUACGUACUUUUGCCGUUGAGCGCUUUUUUCUCCACGUGGGUUAUGUAGCAGCAGCAACUGUUGCGAAACCGGAUCAUCAUCAAGAGCCAGAAAAGCCGUCAUUUCCUGUACGAAACAGCAAAUUUGCAAUCUUAGAGAAGAUCCUAUAAAAGACUUUAAGGGUCAUCAGACUGCACUUCUCGUCGCCUGAUCAGCAAGCACAUUUAUCAAAACAAAUCCCUUGUGCAUUUUUUCUGCCAUCAACGUUAGCAGUUUAACGUAACGUAAUGUUGAUGAGCACAAAAUGAUAGGAAAUGAUUUGUCGCCUAUGGAUUGAUGUGUAUACGGUUAGUAAUAUCCGGGUCAGCAGAACACUGUACUGAUGCCGUGGUGCUUUAUCCAAAAAAGCGGUGAUCAGAGCGAAAAAACCGGGAUGGUUUGCCAAUACCGCCUCCUAAUGUAAAGAUUGUAUAGGUAUAUUUAUUCUGUGCCUUUCUUCCCUGACUGGAAAUUAUUGCAUAAAACAACCCGACAGGCCUUGCAUCUUAUGUCAGAACAUAACCACGAAAAGUAGUAGUUCUGCUGGUCACUGUAACGUAUAAUUUAUAUGCUGCACUUACCUUCUUGAUCCCGGCACAAGUAUCUUUCUCUUGAUCGUUGUCCCUGGAUUACAGCAUCCGUGUUUGCGUCUUCAGUAAUCACAAUUUACAAUUGUAAACAAAUUAUGUCCAGAAGAGAUCACGAAGACCGGUCAGCGCCGGAAGUGAUACCAACGAUCAGCGGCUCCAUUACAGCGCCCACUGAAGCGUUGCACCUAAGCCUUUCACGCUCGGUAUCACGCGCAUCGACUGAGUCGACCGAUCUCCCGAGUGCCGAUCCGACGGCACUGCACACUCCGGAGCCAGAGACCCAGUUAGAAGCGGACCAGGAAGAUGCUAUAAGGAAGACCCUCGCAGCCAAAUUAACAACAAAUGUGCCAAAACUCUUCGAAUCCGCUGAUGCGCACAUCGAGCUGAGCAAGCCGAUCAGCCCGGAACCGGCUAUCCGGAAGCAAGGAAGCUUGGUCACUAUAUUUGCAAUAUGGAAUACAAUGAUGGGCGCGACUUUGUUAAUCAUGCCAUGGGCCAUUGCGCAAGCCGGUUUUAUACUGGGCAUAUUUCUAACAAUUUUCCUUGGAUGUCUUUCCUAUUAUACCUGCAGUCUGGUACUGUCGUCUGCCGAAAGACAGAAGGAUGCAAACGACGCAGAGAAGGUCAUGCGUCCGGCGUUCUUUGAUUUCGGGGAUGCGAUAGAGUAUUACCUGGGCCGGCGUUUGGCCUUAUGCGGUGUAGUGAUCUCGCUGCUGACAUUCCUGGGAGCGUUAAUAGCAUAUUGGAUAUUUAUGUCCAGGUUCCUGUUUAACGUGGGGAAUGUCAUAUAUCAUUAUGCGUGGGAUACUAAUUCCACGGAAGCGGAUGCGAGGUCAAAAUUAGAAGCACCGAUUGAUUUCGAGGCGCUCAACGUCAGCGCAGCGGUGAAGUCCUUCAAAGACUUUUGGUCAGCACAGUACACUGUGCCGGUGUAUUUGGCGGCAAUUCUCCUUCCGCUGUCCUGCAUGCGGGAACCGACAGUAUUCACCAAAUUCAACGCUCUCGGCGUUUGCUCCGUAUUUGUCCUGCUGGCCUAUGUGAUAUACCGAGCUGUGAUAUGGGGAAUUAAUAUGGAUUCCGGCGUGGAUGAUUCCAUUAGAGGGUUUAACACCAAGUUUCCGGCCAUUACUGGAUCGCUGUCUAUGGGAUUUUUCAUACAUAACGGUAUUCUCCCCAUUACACAACAUCAUGAGAAACCGCAGAAUAAAAAGCGUGAUCUGGGAUUGGCCUAUCUGCUCGUCGCACUAACUUACUUAUCCAUUGGCAUUAUUUUCUAUAUUACAUAUCCGGAGCGAAAGGAUGAAAUCCCCGAUAAUUUCCUCCGUUUAGUCACAAAAGUCGAUAUUUUUGGGAUUGUUGCCAGCGUUUUCCUUUUGUUCCAAAUGGUCACGGUUUAUCCACUUAUGUUAUACAUGUUCCGAAACCAGUUCCUUGUCAAAAUUCUGAAGAAAAUUGACUACAGAUAUGGCUGGAUCAUUGCUGUGAAUGCCGUCGUUGUAACAAUAUGCAUACUGUUAGCAAUGUUUUGGCCGCGUGUUGGAACACUAAUAAGGAUUGUUGGAGCGAUAUCGGGAUUUGCGUACAACUAUACUUUCCCGUGUUUGGUAUACUUGGCAAUGCUUCGUGCCGCCGGUUAUCUAACAAAACUCUCUUUGUUCUUGCAUGCAAUAAUAAUAAUCUUUGGAGUACUAAAUCUAAUUGGUCAGUUUAUUAUACCGGUGGAUUAACAUGACGAAUAUGGAACAACGAAAAUGUUUGAAAAUCAGAAACAGAUGUUGUACAUUUUGCAGAU